AUGUCAUCAGUAAAUGGAUCAAAUCCGUUGUUUGCCACGGUGGGAGAUGCCCGUAAUAAUCUUCGGACCAUUCACGAGGAGGGAGGGUCUCGAGAACCAGCAACAGCCCGAGAGUCCCGUCCCAUGCUGAGAUCGACAACCAGUACAGGUUCAACUUCCAGCAGUCACCAAAUGCUGCAGCACUCUUCACGCGGUUCGAGGGAGGAUUCCCGAGAACUCCACGAUUCACUUCUAGAUGUAGCCGCCCCCUCGUGUGGUCAUGUCAUUAUGGAACACAACCAACAAACAUUCCGCCUUGUCAAAAACGUGGCCGACUUCACGCAGCAACUGUCUUCACUGCACGAACAGCAUGCCGAGGAACUUCAGCUUCUGGUCGAGUCCUUCAGGAAACGAAAUGCCGAGCUCCGGAAGGAGAGGCCGACCCACACGAGCAGCUUGUUCAAUUGUUGGGAAAUACUUCUUCAAGAAGUUGAAGUUGACUCUCAAGUUCAUGGAGACAUCGCACGCUCCCUGAGCCAGAACGUAGGAGUUAUGCUGCUUGAAAAAACCUUCUUCCGCAAGAUUCAAUCACGAAAGAUAUUUUCGCAUCGCGAAUCCUUCGAGACCAUUUUGACCAAGGCCGAAGAACUUCUCUCCAAGUGCCACGAUGACUACAGUGUUGCAUACGCUGCCUUUGCGCAAAGUCGGAGCCCUCAGAAACUGGCAGAUUACUACGAUGCACAUAACAUGUAUGUGCAGCAGUUGCACGCAACCAAUGGCAUGAUAGACCAAUACUACACCGUGACUCUGCCGAAACUCCUCGAAGAACUGGAAGACGUGUACUGCGAUCUCAGCAACACGAUAGCGAACUCGAUUCUAUCCGCUACAGAGCUGCUGUCUUGCAAAGCGCAGGAACAAGCGGAUCAUUACAGUGUGGUCGGAUCCGCGUGUCGCAACGUCAAUAGCCGCGCGGACCUUGCCAACUUUGUACGCACACUAAGUGUGGACCGCAGUAGCUCUCGGCAACAUGUACGGCAUCAAUUCCAAAUACCGAAGGAUUUCCAUGAGACCGACCCAUCGCAGCCCCUUGACUCGUACCAGACUCUGGGCGACCAAGUGAUCGUGGACCGUUUAGCUCAGUUGCAGUUGCCGACACGAGCGGAAGCACUGCGCAGUGAUCUACAGGCACUCGAUGUGCAGGUGCGUCAGCUGCAAGAAGCUCUAGAUUCCCUGGGUCGACUACAGCAGAGGAGUAUCGAAUCUAACCUUUUCAACAAGGCCAACGAGCUCCAAGAGGAUAUGUGUCUGAAAAGAUUCGAUCUUCAAGUCGCUCAAAUUCAUCAAGCUGCUGUUCGAGCCCAGCUAGAGCUCUUCCGAGGUAAGCUGGACGGAUUUCCCGAUCACAGCGGCACCGCUCCAAGUCAAUCUCAGCAGCAGGCCCAGGAUGCUACCAGUCUUCGUGACGGCCGUGCUACAGGGAAGCCUCCCGGAGGGACGUACGGCACACAAAUGGCAGCCCUUCAGGCAGCUGCCGCGGCCUUCCAACAGAACGCAAGCGGAGGCACCAUCAAAAACAAAUGGCUCAAAGCUUUCAGAAGCCUCAAAACAGGUGGAAACAGUGGGGCCUCUGAUAAGCUUGAGGGCGGAAUCGACAAGAAGGCGAAGUUGGCAUCCUGGGACAGUGGACAGCAUAUCUUCCAAGAGUACACGUACAAGAAGGUGGCUGCAUGCGAUGUCUGCAGGGAGAUCCUUCGGGGUCAUGUGAGACAAGGCCUCAAGUGCAAGUUGUGUAAGAUGAACGUUCACGCAGAGUGCCAGGACAAGGUACCUCGCUGUCAACCGAAACCGAGGCUGCUCAGGCGUCAAAGAAGCACGUCAGAGAUCGAGAGCAGGAUCGUAGUUCCCACCGAAAACGAAGACGAAAGACUACUGGCGAUGAAUAAUGGUGAUUGUGGAUUAGGAGCGGGAAUCUUUGGUGAUCGAAUGACGACGUACGGCGUCGGAUGCGGCGCGGGAGGUAGUGUAGGGGGGCUCACCGUUGAUCCCAUCUACCAACUGCUCAAACAGGCGGCAGAGGUCGGCGGCGGCAGUGGAAGCAGCAGACUCAAGGAAAGCGGCUUGAGCUCCUCCGCAACCUCCUCGCAACGAGGUGACAACAAUCUCCAGACGAGGCGACCUCGUUCAAACGCCUCCUCGACUUCGUCAUCAUCUCACAUGCUCACUGUUUCUUCACACGCUCCUCACCACUCCUCCUCAUCAGCCCUUGCAGAUCGAAGGCGCCAGAUUGUCUCAGCUCCCCAUAGUCCUCAGAGGAAGAGGCUGAAUCUUCGAAUGAAGUCGCUCUCGCUGGACUCACCGGAUGUCAAUGGCGAUCCACUACACCGUCGAAGACAACAACAACACGGUCACCAUGCGUCCAGCUCACACGCAGGCUCGCAUAGCCAGUCUCCUCAGAGCCCAGUGACAAACAGGCGGCAAUUCUUGUCAGCGAAGACGGUCCGGAUGAGUUCAGUGGAUCUUCCAGACGACAACGAGAAGUCUUUAAGUAGUGCGUCGACAUCGCCUUGCCCGUCACCAAAAACGCAUCGAUUGUUGCCCACCAAUAUCUACGUCGUUCUUUACGGGUUCCGGAGUAGACAUCAGGACGAACUCGAUCUCAAGGCGGGCGAUACAAUCACCGUGAUCGAUACAUCGGAUCCGGACUGGUGGCAGGGCAAGUGUAUGGGUAAGGUAGGCUUUUUCCCCUCCAAAUACGUUGCCAAGCUUCACCCCGGGGAACGCGCGCUACAGGUUGUGCAUCCCAUCCAAGUCGCGGAAACGGGACUUCUGUCCGACUCGAGUGGCCCUUCCAGCGGAUCCCAGCCGCCGCAACAACAGACGAAAUUCGUGCGCGAUCAGAUCGUGAUCCAAGUGGGAGAAGAAUUGGAAGGUGGUCGUGUACUUGUGCGUACGGGGAUGAACGACAGAGCGUUGCCUGUUCCCUUGAAAUACUUGCAGGAGAUAUAG